UCAAAACAUGGAGGUGGUAGGAAAUUGAAAUUGAAGCAAUAAUUAUGCAAUUAUGUCGAUUACAGCAAUAAGAGCGUGGUUUUUUUUUAUCGAUGAAAACGAAUGAGAAAUGCUUAUUAAGCCCAGUCAAAUAAUGCACAAUAUUUGUUAAAAGGUUUACUUAAAAUGUAUCCUGCCAAAUUAAUUCUCUGUUUGACAUUUACUGUUCACUUAGUUUUGACAUCAAAAUUAGCUCAUAUUCCAUUAUUUCCUGUCUAUGAUUGGAAUUUUAUUAAUAAUAAUGCUAUAGUAGAUGAAGGAUAUUAUAUCAAUUUAGAUUUUGGAACACCUGAGCAAAGGUUUAAUAUUUUAUUAGAUACUGGAAGUAGUAAUUUAGCAAUUGCAGCCAUUUCAAAUGUGCACUUAGAUAGUUAUUUUCAUUACAACAAAUCUACAACAUUCCAUACAAAUAAUCAAAAGUUGAUUGUUAAUUAUACAGUUGGAAGUUGGCAAGGCUUUCUUGCUACUGAAUUAAUAUCAGUUCCAAGUAAUCCUCCAUUAGUUGUGAAUACGAAUAUAGCUUGCAUAGAAUCAGAAACAAACUUUUUUUCUAAUUCAUCAGUUUGGCAGGGAAUAUUAGGAAUGGCUUAUGCCAAAAUUGCAAAACCUCCAUCUCUUGUGCCUUUUUUUGAUUCAUUAGUGAAGACUAAGGACUUAAAGAAUAUUUUUUCUCUGCAUACAUGUGGUCCUUUUGCAACAAUGGCUGGAUCAAAUGGUGAAUUAGUAUUAGGAGGAAUAGAUGAAAAAUUGUAUUCAGGAAAUAUUGUAUUCACACCUAUUUAUCAAGAAUGGUAUUAUGAAGUUAUAUUGAUGAAUAUGAAAAUUGGCAAUGAUAGUUGGCCUUAUGAAUGUUUUAAGUUAAAUACCAAUCACACUAUAAUAGAUACAGGUUCAUCAAAUUUUGUAGUACCUCAACCUGCUUUUGAUUGGAUUGUUGAAAAAAUUAAACAUAAUACAAUGAUGCUAGAGAUUCCUGAUGAUUUUUGGUACAGAAAAACAGAAGUUUGUUUAUUUGAUGAAGAAGUAGAUCUGUUUCCAGAUUUAAGACUAUAUCUUGCACAAAAAGAAAAGCAAACAUUUUCCCUUGUGAUUACUUCUGAGAUGUAUCUUCAGAAGUCUUCUAAUGAAAGAAAACCUUGCUAUUAUUUCUCCAUUGAGUUAGGAAGUAAAGGAACUGUUAUUGGUGCUGCUGUUCUUAAAGGAUUUUAUAUAGUAUUUGACAGAGAAAAUAAAAGAAUAGGAUUUGCAAAUGGAACUUGUUUGGCAAAAUAUUCAAAAUUUAUUGCAAUGGUAACUGCAUCUGAAGAGACUAGUAAAACAUCUGAAGAUUGCACGUAUUUUCCAAACAAGCAUGGUGCCGAGACAGGAAUAAAGAUUGUUUCGUAUGUUGUUGCCUUUAUCUGCCUAAUAUGUGCUAUUCCUCUUCUCAUAAUGUUAAUGAGGUGGAUUUGGGUGCAUCUGAUUUGCCCAAAAAUAGACUCUUCAGAAAACAGCAGUUUAGUUGAAGGAAGUCAGUGAUGACAUGUCACUUUUGUUAACUUGUUAAGAUAACAUUAAGUUUGAUAUAUAAUUGUAUUCUUGUUGUGAUCAUUUAUAAAAUGAAGGUAAAAAAAAAUUAUAAUAAUUAAAAAUUUUGUUACAAUUAACAAAUUUAUAUACUCAUUAUAGUAAUGAGCACUGAGAGUAUUCUUAACAUGGUGAAAUGUUGGUAUAACAUAUUAAUAGUAGAAUAAUAUUGACAAAAACAUUAUUUUAAUUUAUUAUGUAGCAAAUAUUGUGUUUAAAAUUCUAAUUGAAUUAUUCAUAUCAGUCCAAACAAUAACAACAGAAUUUGAAUAUGACAGAAAAAUAUUUACAUAAUAUAUUAAAUUUACUUUCAGAAGUAGUGUUUCUCAAUAAGUAGUAUGCAUUAUUGAUGUCUACACAGAACUUUUAAGUCUAUAAAAAUUACACACAAACGUAAUUGAUGAAAAUAGCCGUUUUAAGAUAAAUCAUGUUUUUUUUUGUUAUGUUGAGCAAAGAAACUAGUUAAUUGUUAGUUUCUUUACUUCUGAGUAGUGAAAAAGUAAUGAAUAUGAAUUAUUUGUUUGAUAGAGUAAACACUAAUCAUAGGUGGAUUAGUUAGAUCUUUGUAGAUUUUAAUAUAUUCAAUACUUACUUUCCAUUAGGAAAGUAAAUAAAAAUUGCUGAAUAUUGUAAUUGAAUUAAAUGAAAUUUUAAAAAAUUUUUUAUUUGCAUCUUAUUAGGUUUUCUGAUUUUUUCCAAGUUCCAAAUGUUUGCAUAUGAUGAGUAAUUUGAUUCUAUUCAGAAAGACAUUUAUUAAAGACUGUCAAGCGUUUACGUAAUAUUUUCAGUAAUUAAAAAUUUUCAAAUGGAGUUGGUUACUUUUUUAUAUAAAAUUUGGUAUAGAAGAAAAAUUUUUUAAAUAUAAAAGUAUAAAAAUUUCUUCAAGUUAAAAUACUUAGACACA